AAGAAAUUUACUUUUCUUCCUGUUAUAUUCUGUAUGUCUCUUGCAUAUUUUUAAUAAAAUCGAAAAAAAAAAGAAAGAAUAAAUGAGCCCAUUAACUUUAAUUUUACAACGAAAUCUACUUUCAACAUCGUUAUAUAAAAAAGAAGUUAUUCGAAAGGGUAUUGGUUAUCAUUCAACGUUAAAAUCGAUACAAUACAUAAUUUACAAACGUUGGCAAUCAACAAACAAUAGCAAUAAUGCAAUUGAAAAAUUAAAAAAAAGUCCAAGCAAUAAUAGAUCGAUCGAUCUAACUACUUUUCCUGCUGAAAAUAUUCGAAAUUUUAGUAUUAUUGCACAUAUUGAUCAUGGAAAAAGCACAUUAGCAGACAGACUAUUAGAAUUAACAAAUACAAUUUCAGCAAAUGGUUCAAAUAAACAAGUACUAGAUAAAUUAAAAGUUGAACGAGAAAGAGGUAUUACUGUUAAAGCUCAAACAGUAUCUAUGUUUUAUAAUUAUAAAGGAAAAGACUAUUUAUUGAAUUUAAUCGAUACGCCGGGGCAUGUUGAUUUUAGUUAUGAGGUUUCUAGAUCAUUAGCAGCCUGUCAAGGCUCAUUACUAUUGGUAGAUGCAGCACAAGGUAUUCAGGCACAAACUGUUGCAAAUUUUUAUUUAGCAUUUGGUGAAGGAUUAGAAAUUAUACCCAUAUUAAAUAAGAUCGACCUUCCUGGUGCUGAACCUGAAAGAGUCUCAAAACAAAUUCAAAGUGCUUUUGAAUUAGACAAAACAAAUAUUUUACAGAUUUCAGCAAAGUCAGGUGUUAAUAUAGACCAGAUAUUGCCUAAUGUAAUCGAAAAGAUACCUCCACCCUCGGGCUCAAUAGAUGCUCCUUUUAGAGCAUUAUUAUUUGAUUCAUGGUAUGACCAAUAUGUAGGUGUAAUCUGUAUGCUAGGUGUUAAAGAUGGUAUACUUCGAAAGGGAGAUAAAGUUAUCUCUGCUCAUUCUGACCUUAAGUAUGAGAUUUUGGAAGUUGGGAUCAUGCAUCCGGAGCAAAUAUCUACAGGCUAUUUACACGCAGGCCAAGUAGGCUAUAUAAUAUGUGGUAUGAAGAGUGCAUCCGAAGCACAUAUCGGUGAUACAUUUUAUCAUUUAGGAGAAAAAAGACAUAUAGAGAUUCUACCUGGGUUUCAGCCUGCUCAAUCAAUGGUAUUUGCAGGUAUUUUUCCUGUAGAUACAAAUGAUUUUCGAAAAUUAGAUGACAAUAUUAAAAAGUUAACUUUAAAUGAUGCAAGUGUUACUGUUCAAAAAGAGACAAGUCAUGCUUUAGGACAAGGUUGGCGAUUAGGUUUUUUGGGAACUUUACACAUGGAUGUAUUCAGACAGAGAUUAGAAAACGAAUAUGAUGCCAACAUUAUUGUAACUCAACCUACUGUGCCAUAUAAAGUGAUAUACAAAGAUGGAAGCUCUAAGCUUAUUAGAAAUCCAUCUGAAUUCCCUGAUCAUGACGAACGUUCGUUUAGGGUUUCAAAAUUACAAGAACCUAUGGUUUUAGCAACAAUGAUUUUCCCUGAUGAAUAUAUGGGCAAAUUGAUUGAAUUAUGUGGCGCACGACGAGGUGAACAAUUAGAAUAUGUUUAUGUCGAUGAGAAUCGUGUAAUGAUGAAAUAUAGAAUACCUUUGGCAGAAAUUGUGACAGAUUUUUAUGAUGAAUUAAAGAGUCGGUCUUCUGGUUAUGCUUCAUUUGAUUAUGAAGAAAAUGGAUAUGAAGACAGUGAUUUAGUCAAAAUGACAGUACUUUUGAAUUCAAAACCUGUAGAUGCAUUAUCUGUUAUCCUUCACCGUAGUCAAGUUGAAAUUGUAGGACGUGAUUGGGUUAAAAGAUUGAAAGGUGUUAUUCAACGACAAUUAUUCGAUGUCUCUAUUCAAACAGCAAUAGGCACCAGGAUUAUUGCUCGGGAAACUGUAUCUGCUUUGCGUAAAAAUGUUACAGCCAAAUGUUAUGGCGGUGAUGUAUCCCGUAAAAUGAAAUUAUUACAAAAGCAAAAAGAAGGAAAAAAGAGAAUGAAGAUGAUUGGCAACGUUGAGCUGCCUCAAAAAGCAUUUUAUGAUUUUAUGGAUAAAAGUAAUAAAAAUUAAUAGUAAAUAACAAGCUUCAAAAGUUAUAUAAAUAAUUAUGCUACUAUUAUUUAUUAUUUCUUUACUAAAAUACAAUAACGCUGUGGUAUAUACAUGUCUAUCUGGAUUUAUUAUUAUUUUUUUAUUCUAAAAUGAUCUACUAAAAGAUACAAAAUAUUGUAUUACAGAAUAUAUAACAAUAAAUAUUUUAUUCUAGAGCAGUGAUUGAGAUCUUUGAUAUUCUAUAAAAUUAAAAUAAGUUGAUUAAACUAA